AUGGAUUACCACUAUCCGCCUCUAAGGGAGCUUGAACACUCUGCCGUCUUCGAGACGAUAGAGGGUGCUAGCGUUUUUCAAAUCCUUGAAAGUUGCAUUACGUUCAGCUCCGAACCCGCAGAAGCUGGAAACGCCCUGGAUCGUGCUCUAGGACACAUCUUAACUCACCCAGAAUCUCUCCGUAAUCUCUGGCGAGCUUUUAUCGAAAUUGUCUGCCAAGUACCAGCCUACGAUGUUAACCAAAAAAGGCUUGUGCAAGUACUUGCGCAUUUGAGUUCUUUCCCGCCACCCCCAGAGUCCAGAUCUCAUUGGGCUAACCUGCCGGGAUUUGAACAACUUAUUCGCGAGUCAUGGCGUAGACCGGAACACGACGACGACGAUAAAGCAUAUGAUCGAUGGAUUAACCUGAAUGCGUUUGCCGCUCGGCUUUACGGUGGAAAUAUCGUCGAAUGGUACGACCUUGGGAUUUCCUCCGUCCGUGACGCAUUUGAACUUGACUAUCAUCCCGAACCCCGGGAGAUAUCGGGCUUCCGCUGUGGCCAAUUCUACAAGGUCCUAAACGGCUUUGACGUUGUGACCUGGAGUGUUAAGAGUAAGGCUUCAAUGGCUAAUCACUUUUUGCCUACCCUCGGCGAAAAGUACGAAAGUCCUACGGAGUAUUAA